AGUUUGGCUCAAAAUAGUUCGAAACUACAAGUAGUUUUUGGGCAGGAUUUCGUGCGUAGGCCUUAAUCCAAGCCUCCCGCGAUGGCGGGCAAGGAGGUUACCAUGAUCUUCCCCAUGUUCGAGGGGGUGAUGUUCAUUUCAGCGUACAUGCCACACAUGAUCGCUUGCCUCAUCGUGCUCGCCACCAUGGUCCGCCGACCGUUUCGAAUCUGUGUUUUGGUGCUGCCGGUCUUGACGUUUGCGACACUGUGCGGCUUGGCGAUCAUGGAAUCACGCUGGCAUGCUGAGGCCGAAGGUUACGACAUGAACAUGCCCUCCUUGCGAGAAGCAUUGGAGGACUACAUAACUACCGGCAAAGGCAACCUAGAAGAAAUCCUAGAGGGCAAGAAGUACCCUCCAGUUUUUGGGAAGAUCGAGCUCUUCCGCUACUUAAACACCUGGCUGGGGAAAAGUGUUUUUCACGACACUGACCAGGAUGCCGACUAUCUGCCAGAGGCCUACAAUAAGGGUGAUGACUGGUUCGAGGCCACUUUGGCCGAUCCUAUGGUCUACACCGGCGCUCUCUACGCCCCAGGUCAGAACGAAUCUGUGUGGUCUGCUCAGCAGAAGAAGCUGGAGUUCAUCGCGUAUGGCUUGGGCGUAAAGAAAGGAGACAAGGCCCUUGAGAUUGGCUGUGGCUGGGGCCGACUUUCCAACUACCUUGCCAGCAAGGGAGCCAAGGUGACAGGCGUCACCAUGUCCUCUGAUCAGCAAGCUUAUGCCAAGCGAAUGAGCAGUCAGCUGGGCAAUGGCGAGAAUGUGGACAUUGUUCUCAAAAACUUUUUUGACCUGCAGUUGCCAGACAAGUCUUUCAAUGUCAUCUCUUCCGUCGAAAUGGCCGAGCAUGUCGGUAUCCGGAACUACAACAAGUUCUUGCGAAAGGUGCAUCGUUUGCUUGCCGACGACGGCGUGUUCUACCUUCAGGUAGCAGGCCUUCCUCGCGGUUACGCCACAGGCUACAACCACUACGAGGACCUGGUCUGGGGCCUUUUCAUGGACGAGCAUGUUUUCCCUGGAGCUGAUGCCUCAUGCCCAAUGGGCUGGGUGGUGACCCAUUUGGAACAGGCCGGCUUCGAGGUACAAAGCGUCCACAACAUGGGAUAUCACUACUCUCAGACCUUAUACCAUUGGCUGCAAAAUUGGGAGGCGAGCAAGGACCGCAUCGUGAAGGCUUAUGGAGAGCGCUCAUGGAGGCGAUGGCGUGUUUUCCUCGCCUGGUCCGUCCGGAUCUCCCGAAGGGGUGGCAGCACGGUGCAGUGGAUUGUUGCCACUAAGAGCGGCCAGGAGUCCGCUCGUAUCGCAGCGCAGAACCGUUUGGCCCCGGGCUUGUUUCAACUGCCCGAGUUCCAGCCUCUUCCUACCAGAUAAGCUUCUGGUGGAAGGCGCUCCGCAGAUCAGUGGGCUGAGAGGCCAGCGCGGCCGGACAAAGCAGAUGCUGACUGGAGCGAUCCCUGGAAGUUCUGGCGGGCUUGGCGGCUCAAAGUUAUUGAGUUGCAACGGCUCCAAUACCCUAUUUCAACCAGAGAGUGGAAAACCGGGAGCACCCUUCACCAACC